GCACAUUAAGUUACACAUGGAAGGGGCGCUAACCGCACGCGACAAAGUUGGGGUUCAAGACUUUGUGCUGUUGGACUCUUACACCAGCGAAUCGGCUUUUGUGGAUAACCUUCGCAAGCGAUACCGCGAGAACCUCAUCUAUACGUACAUUGGGACCCUCCUUGUGUCGGUGAAUCCCUACCAGGAGCUGGGCAUCUACACGAUUAAACAGAUGGAGCUUUACCAAGGGGUGAAUUUCUUUGAGCUACCUCCACAUGUUUACGCCAUAGCGGAUAACGCUUACCGCAUGAUGUGCUCAGAGCUCAAUAAUCACUUUAUCCUGAUCUCUGGGGAGAGCGGUGCUGGCAAAACGGAGGCUUCCAAGAAGAUUCUCCAGUACCUGGCAGUGACCUGUCCCAUGACGGAAUCGCUGCAAAUAGCCCGCGACAGAUUGCUGCUUUCAAAUCCAGUUCUGGAGGCUUUUGGAAAUGCAAAAACUCUCCGAAAUGAUAACUCCAGCAGAUUUGGAAAGUACAUGGAUAUCCAGUUUGAUUUUAAGGGAAUUCCAGUAGGCGGUCAUAUUAUCAGUUACUUGAUAGAAAAAUCUCGAGUCGUUUUUCAAAACCAUGGAGAACGGAAUUUUCAUAUCUUCUACCAGCUUCUGGAAGGAGGUGAAGACGACCUAUUAUCCUACCUGGGACUUGUGCGGAACCCCCAGGCAUAUCUCUACCUAAAACAGGGUCGGUGUGCCAGAGUGACUUCGAUUAAUGACAAGAAUGACUGGAAAACUGUGGUCAAAGCUUUCUCCAUCAUUGAUUUUAAUGAAAAUGACUUGGAGAAUCUCUUUGGCAUCGUCGCCAGUGUCUUACACCUGGGGAACGUUCAUUUUGUAGAAGAUGGCGACGGAUGCGUCACUAUCCCUGACAACAGUCAGAUCAGAUGGAUAGCCAAGCUGCUAGGUAUCCACUUGUCAGCUCUUCAGGAAGCUCUGACAUAUAGAAAGAUUGAAGCCAAAUCGGAAGAGGUGUUAUGCCCACUGAAUAUAGAUCUGUCGGUCUAUUCCAGAGAUGCGAUGGCUAAAGCUAUUUACGGACGGACCUUCACUUGGCUUGUCAACAAGAUCAAUGGGUCCCUAGCCAACAAGGACUUCACCCGAAAAACUGUAAUUGGGUUGCUUGACAUCUAUGGAUUUGAGGUCUUUGAUAAGAACAGGGUAAGUUUUGAACAGUUCUGUAUAAAUUACUGCAAUGAGAAACUUCAGCAGCUGCUAAUAGAGAUGACCCUCAAAGCAGAGCAAAUAGAAUAUGAGCUGGAAGGCAUCGAGUGGGAGCCGAUACAAUACUUCAAUAACAAGAUUAUAUGCGACUUGGUAGAAGAGAAGCACAGAGGAAUUAUUUCGAUUCUGGAUGAAGAAUGCCUCCGGCCUGGCUCUCCUACAGAUCUGAGUUUCUUGGAAAAAUUGGAAGAGAAAGUGGGGAAGCACGCGCACUUUCAGACCCGCAAGCUUGCAGGUCCAAAGGCUAGAAAAAAGAUCAGUUGGAUGGAAUUCCGGCUUCUCCAUUAUGCAGGAGAGGUCACCUACUGUGCUCGGGGAUUCCUAGAAAAAAACAACGACCUCCUCUACAGACAUCUCAAAAAGGUGCUGUGUGGGUCUAAAAAUGAUAUUAUUAAAGAGUGCUUUCUUGUAGAAGAACUAGAAAACAGGAAAAGGCCUGCAACGGUUGGAACUCAGUUCAAGAAUAGCGUAGCCAACCUCAUCGACAUCCUGAUGUCCAAGGAACCUUCUUAUAUUCGCUGCAUCAAACCCAAUGAGGGAAAAGAACCGAGUAAGUUUGAUGACUUCCUCAUAAGACAUCAGAUCAAGUACCUGGGUCUGAUGGAGCACUUGCGGGUGAGACGGGCUGGAUUUGCCUACAGGAGGAAAUACGAGCAUUUCUUGCAAAGGUACAAAUCCUUGUGCCCAGACACCUGGCCCCAUUGGCAUGGUUCUCCAUUAGAAGGGGUGGAAAAGCUCAUCAAAUACAUUGGUUACAAACGAGAGUACAAGUUAGGGAGAACCAAGAUAUUCAUACGUUUCCCCAGAACUCUUUUUGCCACUGAAGACGCGUUCGAAUUUAGCAAACAUCAGCUAGUUGCGAAAAUCCAAAGCACAUACAAAGGCUGCGUAGAGAGGAGAGCAUAUCUGAAAAAGAGGCGAGCAGCCAUUACACUUGAAGCCUACUGGAGAGGUGCCCUGGCGAGAAAGGAAAUCAAAAGGAGAAAGUGGGCUGUUCAGAUCAUCAGAAAGUUCAUAAGAGGGUUCAUCAAUCGAAAUCAGACUCUUUGUUCAGAAAAUGAAGACUAUAUUAUCUUCGUGCGGAAGAAUUACAUCUUGAACCUGAGAAAUCAUGUUCCCAAAAAUGUGUUGGACAAGAGCUGGUUGAAGCCUCCAGCCAUCUUGGAAAAUACUUCUGAGAUGCUGAAGAAAAUCUGCAUGAGAAAUCUGGUGCGCCAGUAUUGUCGUGAGGUGACAGCUCAGAGGAAAGCUCAGAUGCAGCAAAAGGUGGUUACAAGCGACCUGUUCCGAGGGAAGAAGGCUGGCUACCCAGAAAGUUUAAGCCAGCCCUUUGCCGAUAGCCGGAUAGAUGAGGCUGACAUUAAUCCCAAAGUCCUGCAGCUGAUUGGCAGUGAGAAAAUCCAGUAUGGCACACCAGUGGUGAAAUACGACAGGAACGGAUUCAAAGCCCGGCAGAGGCAACUCAUCCUUACCCAGAAAGCGCUGUACGUGGUGGAACUCGCUAGAAUUAAGCAGAGGAUAGACUACAAAGCGCUAAAAGGUGUUUCCACCAGCAAUCUGAGCGAUGGACUCUUUGUCAUUCACGUGUCACCAGAGGACACCAGACAGAAGGGUGAUAUAAUUUUACUGUGUGAACAUAUCUUUGAAACAAUGACUAAACUCUCCAUGGUGGUGAAGAAAGAGGACCUCGUCCAGGUGGUCCAAGGAAGUUUACAAUUUUACAUCAGUUCGGGAAAAGAAGGCACCAUAAUUUUCAAUACUGGACAGGAAGAGCAGAUCUAUAAAGACAAAGAUGGACAAUUAACAGUGGUGAGUGAUGAUGCUGGGGAAGGUGAAUAGGUACAUGGAGGCAGAGCAGGAAUAAAAAUCCAGCUGUUCUGAGGUGUCCGGGCUCUUGGUCUGAACCUGCCAUUCACCACCUGGGACCCUGGGCAGGUCACUUGUAUCUGAGCAUCUGUUUUCUCAUUGAUGGCAUACCUGCUCUGCCUACCUCCUAAGGCUGGUCAGAGGAGACAAAAUGGCUGGUUUGAAAAGACUGACGGCUGUACAAUUAGGUGACAUCAGUAUCUGGGGGAGGGAGAAGAGGUGUUAGCAACAGUAGGUUUCCAUAGCAUCUCAGUGUGAUGUUCUAGAUUAAGUCAAGAAUCAUGGGAAGUGCCUACUGUGUGUUUUGUGGACAAAAUAAAGGAACGAGCAGGAACCAAUCAUACUUAUGUUACAGGAAGCAUACGGGAGUGGAAAGAACUCUGGUCUGAGACUCUAGAAAUCUGUCUUCUAGUCUUGGCUUUGAUAUUUACUCAACAUGUGACUCUGGGCAAAUCCCUUGACCUCUCAGCUUCA